UUUGAGGAUCCCGCCCCGUUAUGACUAUCAUCAACGCUGGUUAAACUGAGAUGGUUUACUUCAGAUACAUCGCUUUUGUCUGAGCUGCGUUUGUUUGGAGGAUGCCCCAUCAGGACCCUUAGGUAUCCUUCUCGUGUCCGACUCCUUCGACGCGUUGCUGUGCCUAUUUCUCAGUUGAUGUUUUGUGCUGAGCAUGUUGUGAUCAAACCAAUGCAACAUGGAUCCUGAGGAGUUGGAACUGCAGAAUGACUACCGUUACCGUAGCUACACGGCAGUCAUUGAGAAAGCGCUGCGAAACUUUGAAUCUUCAAGCGAGUGGGCAGAUCUCAUCUCCUCCCUUGGCAAGCUCAAUAAGGCUCUGCAGAGCAACCUUCGCUACUCACUUUUGCCCAAAAGACUGAUCAUAGGGAAGCGCCUGGCUCAGUGCUUACACCCAGCACUGCCCAGCGGAGUGCACCUCAAGGCCCUGGAGACCUAUGAGGUCAUCUUCAAAAUCAUUGGAACAAAAUGGCUAGCCAAAGAUCUUUUCAUAUACAGCUCGGGGUUGUUUCCGCUGUUGGGCCAUGCGGCUAUGGCUGUAAAGCCUGUGCUGCUCACACUGUAUGAGCGUUACUAUCUCCCACUGCAAAGGGCUUUGCUGCCCAGUCUUCAGGCUUUCAUAACUGGACUCUUACCAGGCUUGGAAGAAGGACUUGAGGUCUAUGACAGGACUGAUGCCCUCCUGGUAAAGUUGUCACUGUUAGUGGGUCAGCAGGUCUUCUAUGGUGCACUUUGGGGCAGUAUGCUGGUCAGUCCCAUGGUGCGACUGCCCGCCUCUGUCUUCAUAGUCAUGCAUUUUGACCGCAUGGCACCACUGAGUCAACAGACAUUCAUGUUGGGCUACGGCCACCGUGCAGUGGUGAAGCCGGUCUGCCUGUCCCUUCAAGAUUCAAAUGUCUUGGUGCAGAGAAACAUGCUUGAAAUCCUUCUUUACUUUUUCCCCUUUGCAACAUGCCUGGAUCCAGCAGACUCCAGUGUUGCUUUGAGCGUUGAGGACAUGAUCACAGUAGUGUCUUCAGCCUCCCUCACUCUACUCAGAAGAGACAUGUCUCUCAAUAGACGCCUCUACGCCUGGCUCCUAGGUACAGACAUAAAAGGUGAAAUGGUGGCGCCACAUCCCACCCUGUCUACCACCAUUGAGGAGCACACAUCAUUCUACUUCAACACCUAUUCUAAAGACCUCCUUUCAAAGGCUCUGAUCAACAUACUCAAACAGAAGGAUGUGGAUAGUAACCCAGAAAGUGUGAUCCAUUAUCUCAGGCCCUUUCGCAUCAUUAUCAGUCUGCUUGAUAAACUGGAGAUCGGUCCAGCUAUCUUGAGCUGUGUGUUGUUGGAGGUGGUCCGAGCGUUCCACAGCUACUGUCAGGAGGUGCUUGGGGAGAACAGCAUCCCCAACUCAGCACUCGCAGUCUACCAGUUUACGAGUAAGAUCAAAGAAAAUAAGAAUGCUGCAGAGAUCACCAAGACAGUGAACAUGCUUGUGAGCUCCAUGAACAGUGAAUACCUGUGGGAGUACAUGAUCCAACAGUUCUGCACCACUCUCAGUGGCAAAAAUGAUGUGUCACCACCACCUGGGGACAACAACAGUCCUCCUGCUCCCUCUAUUGCAGAGAUUUCCAGCCUCAUAAUUUUCCUGCUUGAUGUUCUUCCUCUGGAGCUCUAUGCUGACAUUCAGUCGCAUUUGCUUCCUGAGAUGCUGGGCACCAUGCUGCAGGCCCUGCACCGCCACAUGGGCUCUGUUUGCCUGGAAGAUGUCACACAGUGUCUACGUGCUUGCUUCAAGGUACUAAGUAAGAUUCAGAUGCCUGUGGCUUACAUGGAUGCUGAUGCAAUGGCACACACAAAGGAGAUGGAGUUCAGGUCAGCGGAGGAUGAAGGCACAAAGACACAGGAUAUGGGGACUGAACGAGAGAAAGAUGGAAUGGUUAACGACCUCCAGGAAGAUGUAAAGGGAACCCAAGAUAAUGGAGAAGAGGCAGACCCUGCAAAUGGUGUUUACCCAACGCUGAGGUCGGAGGACAGUGGACUGGGAAUAAGUGCCUCACCUUCAGAGCAGCAGCUCCCACUGGGGAUGAACAAGGAAUCUGAGGGAGACGGAAUCGGAAAGAGCGGUGCAGACGUUUGGAGAAGGGGGGGCAGUAUAGACACCAUGACACAGUGUCUGCAGGACAUCCUGGCCUUCAUAACCACAAAAUACUUGCUGGUGCAGGUGGAGGAUGUCAAGGGUCCGGAUGAAGAACCCCAGCGUGACCCAAGCUCUGCCUCUGUGGAUCAGAAGUUUUUGUUAGACGGACAAGAAAUUAAAAACAAACUAACAGAAUUGUUUACUCCAAAUAAAUUGAAAGCCCGUGUUCAUCUCCAAGCCUUCCAUUCCGAGAAGAAAAAGGGUCGCGAGCAUUCGGGGUGUGUGGACUGGGCAGCGGGUUAUAUGCCCCGUGGCAAAGCUGAGAUCUCUGAGGCCUGCCGACAGGCUUUUGUAGCCACAUGCCACCUUAUGCUGGAGUGCACCACCUUCCCCGUCUACUUAAGUGAAGAGGAGACUCUUGCUCUGCACACAGAUAUGUUUGGUCACACAGGCAGCGACAUUAGCAGUCUACCUGUAUGGUUGAGGUCCGUCAUGAUUCUGUGCUGCAUGUCCAGAGACUACAAUAUCCAGCACACUGCCGUGGCUUCCCUUUUGGAACUUAUCAAUCACUCCCAAUCCUUAGCACUGGUAAUUCAAGACAAGCACAGACGUUACCAGAACUCCGACUCCAACCCCCUGAGUGGGCGACUGCAGAUGGUCACAGUGCCUCCCAUCUCUCCAGUCCAGCUUCGAACCAUAGAGGAGGCCACGGAUUUCUAUCAGAGAGUGUCCCAGGUACUGUGGAGUCAACUGGACACAGAGCGAAAAGAACAGCACAUUUCCUGCGUGGACCUGUUUUAUAGGCUGCACUGUUUGGCUCCAUCAGCAGCCAUCUGUGAGGACAUAAUCUGCCAGGCACUUAUGCACAAAGACAAGGGAGUUAGGCUGGAAGCACUGCACCGCUUCACAGUGCUGUGGCACCUGAUCCGGGAUAUCCAGAGCAACAGGACCAUGUCUUUUAGUCGCUCCUUUGACCGGUCUCUGUGUGUUGUCGUGGACAGUCUGAGCUGCCCUGAUGGCUCAAUCAGCACAGCAGCUCAGUGCUGGCUGGUUAGAGCUCUCUCCCUCAAUGACGUGAUUCGAAUACUGGAGCCUAUUUUGUUGCUGUUGCUUCACCCGUCCACUCAGCGUUGCUCCAUUCAGAAUGUCAAACAAAAUCUCAACGCAGGUAAUCUGAGGGGUUUUAACAACAGAAGUCGAAGUUCCACUAAAAAUUCUGGAACGUCUGGAGACGCCGCAGCCACAGAGGUCACCAUCUUAAAUGUCCUGAAUGUUGUGGAUCGAGAGGCCCUGUGGGCUGAGCUGGACAGUGGCCCAGAUCUGGCAAAUCCACUGGACACUUUAGUGGUGUCAAGGAGUGAGAGUGAAGCGACAGAGGAGGAGGAGGAUAGGAAUGAAGAAGAGGAAGCCGAGAGUGAGCACACUGAGUCGGCCGACACCAGUGGUGCCCAAGUAUCCACAGAGAACUCCAGUUCCGGCUCUGCUCCACACAGCAGCGUUGAGGAGGGAGGUUUGGUCAACGGCAUUCGAAGGGUGGAGUCUGAGCGCACGCAGGCAUCUGAUUCGCUCUCCAGUGAGGAUGAGGAGGAUUUGGAGCUGGAGGCCAUCGCCAGGUCUCGCCUCCUAAAGCAGGAACGUGAGAGGAGAGAAGCUAUCGACUCUCUGUUCCGACAUGUGCUGCUGUACCCUGUGGUGGGUGGCUGGCGCCCCCUCCUCCAAGGCUUGGCACUGCUGGACAGCCUACUGCGGAGCAGUGCCGAGUGUCCUCUGGUCGACACUCUUACCUCCACUUCACUGGACACAAGCUCUGCUGCACAUUUAAAUCUGGUCUCUAACCUUUUGCAGCGUCACCAGCAAGCUCAGGAUGGCAAGAACUUCUAUGGCUGCCUCCUUUCUCCUUCAUCCACCCCUUCUGUGCCUCCAUCGCUACUCAUUGAAUUGCUGGUUUCACUGUGUCUGAGACUUCUGCGCUCUCAUUACCCUUCAUACUUGAGUGUGACACCUCUUGACCUACAGGGGAACAGAGAGGUUCAGGUGAAGAGUGUGGCAGUGUUGACUCGGAUGGUGAAUCAGCUCAACUGCACAGCACGAGGACAAGAGGGCAGCAAAGUCAUCCUGGAGUCCAUCCGCAGACUCCUCUCAGGCUGUAAAGUGCAGCAAUAUGCCCUGCUUUCGCUGUCUGCUUCUAUGUAUGUCAGCCAGAAGGGAGCCGACCGAGGAGCAUCUAAAGGCGAGGAGCUAUUAGAAGAGCAGGAAGGCCUCUCAGAGGAGAGUCUGGUUAAUCUGGGUGCAGGAGGGGGACAGGAACAGUACCCCUUGCAAAUAGAAUUACUGAAACUGCUUCAGGCUCUUAUAGUACUGGAAUACCACGUCUGGCCGGGUGAGGUUGGCUCGGCGGCAGGCGUCGCAUUUGGCCAGCCUGGGGAGCAUCGGGAAUCAUCAACUGCCAGCACUCCCCUUGCCCGUGAGUGGCAAACGGCUGUGCUUUUCCAACAGUCGAUCAAAGCAGCCCAAUAUGUCCAGAGCCACCCCAUCACAGCCCAGGGGAUGUUUGUGUCAGCUGCUGCCAGGGCUCUGCAGCCACAGUACGGGUAUGCCAUGCACCCUCACUGGGUUUCACUGCUUUGCUCUUGUCUGCCAUAUUUGGGACGCUCGUUGGGAAUCAUCGUGGCUCCACUCAUCAGUCAGAUCUGCAGGAACUUGGAUGAGUUAGUCAAGCUGUACGAGCAUGAUGGAGGAAAGACACACCAGAGCUUCAGUGGCAAAAAGGAAAACAUUGCUCCUGACUACCCUCUGACUCUGCUUGAAGGCCUUACCACAAUCACACAUUAUUGUCUCUUGGACAACAAACAGUCCCUUGUUGCCUGCGACCCAGUGGAUGUCCGUAAUGCACGCAAUGCUGUGAUUGAGGCCCUGCCACAUAUGCUCAGCAGCAUGGCAUUGUUAUGGGGUGUGGUCAUGAAGGAGGAAUAUCAGAGGCGCUCAUCUGACUCUGCGCAGAGCACCAGACACACUUCUACCUCGGUCUAUUUUAAAAGCACCAAGAUCUUACGACAGCGGAUUCUAGAGUUUCUCAUUCCGCUAACUGGGCCAUAUGGAGUUCAGCUGAUGGCUUCAAUGGGAGCGGUUUGGAGUAAUAGAAAGAGCAAAAGGAGACCUAAAAACAAAGUUUUACCGGUGGCCAGCGAGUCUCGUCUAACCAUUGUAGAGCUGGUGAAAUCACUGAACACUUUGCACACAGAUACUGUCCUACAGCUGGUCAAAGAGGUCGUGAAGAAACCACAUCAGAUCAAGGGAGAGCAGAAGUCAGCGCUGGUUGACAUCCCUAUGUUACAGUUCAGCUAUGCCUAUAUUCAAAGCAUUUCAGCUCAAGCUCUACAGGAAAAUGUUUCACCUCUUCUCAGUCUGUUACGGGAGUCUGUUCAGCUCAACCUGGCCCCGCCUGGACACUUCCUACUUCUGGGAAUCCUCAAUGACUUUGUCAAUAGGCUUCCCAACCUCGAAAGUAAGAAGGACACCAGAGAUCUGCAGGAGGUGACUCAGCGGAUCUUAGAGGCGGUAGGUGGGAUCGCAGGCUCAUCUCUGGAGCAGACCAGUUGGCUCAGCCGCAGCCUUGAGGUCAAAGUGCAGCCACAGGUGUGCCCAGACGCCGAUGAACCAGAUGAUGCAGAACUCAAUGAUGAUCACACUGAGUCAGUGACUCAACCUAGCACCAUGGUGUCCUCCUCUGCUCCAUCGGUUUACAGUGUGCAGGCUCUCGUACUCCUGGCUGAGAUCUUGACUCCCCUUCUGGACAUGGUAUACCGCAGUGAUGAAAAGGAGAAAGCUGUCCCUCUCAUCUCGCGUCUCAUGUACUAUGUUUUCCCCUACCUGAAGAACCACAGUGCCUAUAACAUGCCCAGCUUUGAAGCAGGCUCUCAGCUGCUGAGCAGUCUGAGUGGGUAUGCGUAUACCAAAAGGGCCUGGAAGAAAGAGGUCUUUGAGCUCUUCAUGGACCCCCUUUUCUUCACUAUGGAUGUCUCCUGUGCACGCAGUUGGAAAUCUAUUAUCGACCACCUGCUGACUCAUGAGAAGACCAUGUUUAAAGACCUCAUGAGCAUGCAGAGCAGCUCCCUUAAACUGUUCACUAGUGCCGACCAGAAGCCUAUGCUGCUGAAGCGCCAGGCAUUUGCAAUGUUCAGCGGUGAACUGGACCAGUACCAUCUCUACCUGCCCCUUAUCCAAGAGCGUCUUACAGAAACUUUACGCAUGAACCCAAGCCCUGCUGUUUCAGCCCAGAUGUUCCUGAUGUUUCGCGUUCUCUUGUUAAGAAUCUCAUCCCAGCACCUGACGUCUCUCUGGCCUAUAAUGGUCACAGAACUGAUACGCACUUUUGCACGUCUUGAAAAAGCUUUAAAGGAAGAGAAAGAAAUUUCAAAGCUGGCUAAAGUGAUGCGCGGAGCCCUGGAUAGAAAUGGACCUGUGAAUUUCUCUUAUGCAGAACUGAACAUGUACCUAUCAGCCUGCAAGUUUCUGGACACCUCCCUGGCUUUUCCUCCAGAGAAGAUGCCACUUUUUCAGAUGUAUCGCUGGGCCUUUGUCCCUGAGGUGGAUGUGAAUCACUACAGUGGUCCAGACAAUGCGCUGAUGGAAGGCGAGCAAGAAAGCACACCGCAUGUGGUCAGAGUAAUGGAAGGGAUACAGCAGCGUUAUGGGACACUGAAUGGGCUGAGCGAGGAGUCUUCCACAGAGCAGUUGGAGUUCCCCCUCCUCACUCAACGCUCCCUGUCCUCAAUCACUCAACUUUUGCCUUUCCUGCGCAUCCUCUGCUGUUCCUUUAAGAGCCCAUCCACUUCCAGUCAACCCCUGUCCCACUGCCCUGUAGCAGAGUAUCCAGCGCCAAGUGCACAUACUGUCCUGAGAAGACUGGAGAUCAUCACUGAAGAAGAGUUCUUGGACUCCAUGGAGAGUUAAAAACUCAUCUUUUUUUAUUUGCAGGCAUGCAAAAGGAAUAACUAAAAUGGACGUAAACACAAAUAAUGUAUUGUGAAAUUGUAAUAAAUUAAAUGUUUUGGAAUUCUGCUUUUUAAUUUUUAACUUGUGUGAUCUCCACAUGUACACUUGUACCCCUGAGGUGCUAUCAUGCUUAAUCUUUACUGGUAAGACAAAGGGAUAAUUUUUCUGCUUUUUUUGUUUUUUUGCUAGAUCUGAGAUGAUGAUUACUAAUUAUAGAGGAAUGUGCUCUUUGUGCUUUUGAAGUAUCAUCUCAGUAAUGUAUUUUGUUUUGUUUUUGUUUUUUCCAUAUAUGGUACUAGACUUUAUAUGAUUGUUAUUAUUAUUAGCCGUUCUAUAAACCACCAUUUGAUAAUUACAUAUUGUUUUGAAGAGAUGUGCACCUUAUAAUAAAAUGAUAAAAUCCGUCAAUAUGUUUUAUUUGACUAGUUUUACUGUGAAGACGCUUAAAUAAUGUUUGCAUUUUUCCAUAACCCCAUUCUGCUAAUUCUGUUUCAAAGUUAUUCUGAGAAUGUAAAGAUAAAGGAUUAUGUUAGAUUUGUAUUUGUUUCUGUUAAGAGUUUUAUUGGUAAUUUACUGAAUGUGCUUUGUGUAGACUGAGAAACUCCUUUGAAAUUACAUGUGCCUCAGUAUAAUACAUGCUUGCCAUUUUGGUGUUUAAGGGAAACGGUUAACUUUCUCUAGUUGUUCAUGAAUAGUUUCUACAGCUGUCCAUCAUGUUUUUUUCAUAUUUCUGACUGUUUGCUUAAGUUAUUUUGGAUGUUUAAAGGACCACAUCAAGUUUUGAUGCAUCAGAAAAAAGGCUCAUUAAAUGAACAUUAAAAUGAA